CAAGGGCGCCGGUCGCGUCUAAAUAUCAACAUCGGACGAUACGGGCACGCAUGUGUAAAUAGCACCGUGGUACAAUCGAUUGGACAAAGUCAAUCAUCUGAGCGGGCACAGGUCGCGGCGACCGUGAAUCUCGCCAAGCGUCCCGUACGGAACUCAGUGGGACUCCGCCUCGCGCACCGUGCGCUUCCUGCCUCGCUCCGCCGCUGCUCUAUCACGUCUGCCGAGUGGAUGCUUCGGACAGUUCUCGUGGUUUAUGUGUCAACAUUAAGCUACUAACUAUGCGUUAUCCUGAGUGACUUAAACCCGAUUAAGAUCGGAUUACAAUGUAGAGCUGCCGACCCGGCGAAGGAAAAUGUGAGUGACAUUUUGAGACAUCAUUCAAUAAAGCGGAUGUUUUCGUCAAACGAAGGCGUUGCGGUAUCUGUACGGACACGUGCAACAAUUAACAUAAGAAAGAGGGCGGUCGCGAGGAGGAGCCGACCAACGCGGCGGAAGCGGCGCCGGCGCAGGGCAUGCGCAUAGAACACACUUGCUGCUGCCUCGGCGUGUUGGUGGGCAUCUCGCUCAUCGCCGCCCUCGUAGCAGUGAUACUGAUGAAGGAUUCAACGGUCGAAGUGACUGUUCUCCGACAAGUACACGUGCUCAUGUCACACGGGGAGCGCACCCCUAGCGAAGGGGAGCUCGCUAUGCUGGGAGCUCCACCACCAGACCACGUGUUUUCGCCCUACGGAGCCGGCGCUAUGACUAACGAGGGCAAGAUGUUGACAUUUGAAAUGGGCGCAUUACUUAGGAAAAGAUAUGACGAGUUUUUGGGACCUUAUUACCAGAGUGAGAACAGUAUCGUGAUAUCAUCAGACACGGAGCUGAGCAAAAUGACGGCUCUAUUGAUUGCGGCGGGGCUCUGGCCUCCGUCGCCGGAGCAGGCGUGGAACGACACGCUUCCCUGGCAACCCGUGCCUUACAAGUAUCCACCGCGACGUCAAGACUUUCUACUCUACGAAGAGAACUGUCCUCGCUACAAACAAGAGAAGGAGAGGAUACUUAAAGCGUUCACCGAAGAAGGCCUGUUGCUGCCAUACCGCGAUCUCUUCCACAAGAUCGCGCAAAUGACCAACACUAACUUCAGCACGCCGCAAGAAGCUUACUAUCUCAACAAUUUGUUCCUAAUACAGGAUGACAUAAAAGUACCGAAUCCGAAAUGGGCGAAACAUGUGAAGAGAAAACUAAUGGAUGUGGCCAGAUUGGAGUACUCAAUGAUGUUUCAUAAUAACCUGCUUAGAAGACUUAGUGGUGGGGCACUACUUCAACAAAUAAUAAAAGAAGCCAGCAGUAACAGCGCGGGGGAGUCGCAACUCCGUCUGGUCGUACGCACAGGAACCCCAGUGUCCGUAGCGGCCCUUUUGGGAGCCUGCGUGGCUCCGCCGCCGCGUCUCCCGGACCCCGGAGCCGCGUUACUGUUCGAGCUGCAUGAGAGACGGCCCUCGCCGCAAUCGAAGGAGCAAAAGACUUUUGCUGAUGGACAGCGGUUCGGUUUUAAGAUAUACUACUGGGACGACGACUCGGCGGAACCUCGCCUCAUGGAAGUGCCGGGAUGCAACGCGUUCUGUCCUCUCGAGACGUUCAAAGAACUAACCAAAUACAUAGUGUCACACAACUAUAACGAAGACUGCAGAGUUCCUAAUACAUAGUUCAAAAGUUGGAUCUAAUAUUUACUGUGGAUUUCUAUAAUCUAACCAUCCAUAGUUUUGCGACUAAAGAUUGAUAUUUGACAUCAUUUAUAUGAAGCUAAAGUCAAAAUUACAUCUCUAAUCAAGAACCAACUGAUGGAUAGGUUAUAGAAAUUCGCAAUUAGUGCUUCCUAUAAAUCGAUGGGUUAGGCUGUGGUAUUUAAAAGUGAACUUUAUGACACAGGAUAUAAAAUAUAUUAUCGAUAUUGUGA